AAGGCCUAAGCACCCAUUGGGUACCGUGGGGCUAUAGGGGGAUACACGGACUCUGGCGAGGGAACACGUGUGCAUGCAACAUGCACACAUUCUGGCUCCGCCUACGAGAACCGCCGGGUGGUACCUCCGCGUUCGACAGUCAGAGACCAUCUACCACCUACGGACAAUCACAACAUCCAUAGCCAAGAGAAACAUUUCUCCUGGGACGGGACUCGAACCCGCACAGCGCACCGCUGCUGCCUAAAAACAAACACACAACAUCCAUGGCGAAGGC